UUUUUGCCCUACGGAGCAGAAGGAAGGAUGAUGGAAUUACUGCAACAAAGAGAAUCGAAGGAUAUUGGCAGUGGGAUAAGUGAGAAGACCAACGAGGAGAGUGAACACGAGGCUUUUUUAAGGCAACUACACAACCAAUCUGGCAUUAGUGGUCUUUUACUGGAACAUGAACCCGGAAGCAUCCUGGACGACAAUUGGGAUCCUGCUAUGGUGGAAGAAGUCCUCUUAUCCGGUGAUAUCUUCAGCAAUCAGUUCAAAUUUGUUGACAGUUGA